GUGAUAUAGACGUACAUAGUACACUGAGAGUGUCUCAAGCUGUUCGGUAUAUGAUGCAAAUGCAAGGUGAGGAGUACGAGUUAUGGAGUGUUUGGGGGUGGCGGAACGCCUAUAUAGGCUAGUGCGCACCUGUCAGCUACCAUAUCGUACUGAAGGUACUUGAGGGCGCCUGACGCCAACACGAUCAACCCCGCGACCUUGGAACACCAGCAUCCGCCAUGGCACAGCCAACUAUCGAGGCAUCAACACAGCAACAACCUCGCCCCAAUCUCCGUCCCAAGGUUGGCAGCACUGGCAUUUUCGUCCUUAUUGUCGAAGAUAAUCACAUCAACCGCAUUGUCUGCCUCAAAGUGCUCGAGAGGCAGGGCCACACUGUAGCCACAGUUGGCAACGGGCAAGAAGCGCUCGAUUUUCUUUGUAAAACAUCCGGGAACCGUCAACCCAAUCUCGUGUUCAUGGACACUUCAAUGCCUGUAAUGGAUGGGUACGAGGCUACUCGCCGGAUACGCCGCGACGCAGGCAUGUUUGAUGAGCGGAUGCGCACAGUGCCGAUUAUUGGACUGACAGCCAACGCAUUGCGAGGCGUACGGGAGCAAAUCUUGGAGGCUGGCAUGGACGAUUAUAUUGCCGCGCCGAUACGCCCGCGCGAUUUGCAAGUAGCGGUCAUGAGAUGGAUCUCACCAAAAGGACCGUAAAUGGCAAAACCAUCGCUGAAAUGGCGAGACACCAAGCAGAACUCGCACUGGAUCGAUAUAAAACCUGGAAGGGGAAUCAUGGACUACCUUUAACAG